AUGAUUCAAACGGAAAAUAGCAAUACUAAUACUCAUACUCCUACUCUUACCUCUAUUAAUACUCAGAAAAAUAAUAAUUUGUUUCAUAUGCCUUUCAUUACCAAUUCCACGACUAAUAAAAAUACCAUGUACCGUGCAGACUCAAACACUCCAACUCCAGCUAAUUCAGCUACUACUGCUACCACUACCACUACUACCACCACUACUACUACUGGUAAUAGCAAUAAUCAUAACAAUACAACUUGGAACACUACCAUUCCUGAUGGAUAUCCUUAUCCUUAUCCUCAGCAGAUGAAUAACCCUAUCCCAAUCCCUAAGCAAUUAUCUUUUAAUAUCAUUCCUCAAGAACCUACUGAUAUGAAUUCUUUCCCUAAUAGAUUAUCCUCCACUAAUUCUUCAGGAAAUUAUUCUAAUAAUCCAAAUACGAAUGAAUUGACUUUAAAUAUGAAUCAAUUAUCACUCAAUAAUAAUGAUCCUUCUCAAACUCAUAAUAAUUCAUUACCUUUAAAUCACCAACCUCAAUUGAAUUUGCCAUUACAACCACAACAAUUGCAAAUGAGGCCACUUGAUCAACAACAAUUGCAUCCACAACAACAACAUCCACAACAACAGCAACAACAACAGCUUCAUCAACCACCUAUCCAUCAACAAUUACCACCUUUUGAUAAUAAUGGUGAUAAUAUGAGAGAUGAACCUCCUUAUAUGAUGGCUUCUGUAGCUGCUGCUACUAUUGCGAACCCAAAUACCUCGAUUCAAACCAGUACUUUACCAAAUAAUAAUACUUUUGGUAACACUCCUUCAAGAACUGUUUAUUUAGGCAACAUCCCUUCGGAUUUGUCUGUUAAAGAUCUCUUGGAUCAUGUCCGCAGUGGUGUUGUAGAAAAUAUUAAAAUAUUACCUGAUAAGAUGUGUGCAUUCAUAUCAUUUGUAGAUGAAAGUUCUGCACUUUUAUUCCAUUCAGAUGCCAUUUUGAAAAGAUUAAAUAUUGGUGGUAGAGAUAUUAAAAUUGGUUGGGGAAAACCAACUCCAAUCGAUCCUAUUGUAGCAACAAGUAUUGUUACAGAUGGUGCAACAAGAAAUGUUUAUAUAGGCCAAUUGAGUAAUUCAAGUAAUAAUAAUACAUCAUCUUCAUCUUCCUCUACAUCACCUUCAUCUCCAUCUAAUAACACGAGUGAUGAUUUGGAAAAAAAGAAAAAUAUCGAUGAUUCUCCCUUGACUGAAGAAAAAUUACGUGAAGAUUUAAAAGAUUAUGGUGAGAUUGAUUGUGUCAAAAUUGUUCAAGAUAAAGGCUUUGCAUUUGUUCAUAUGUCUUCCAUUUUAAGUGCAAUUAAAGUAGUUAAUAAUUUAGCACAAACAAACCCAUAUUAUCAAAACAAAAGAAUCUUUUAUGGUAAAGAUAGAUGUGCAUUUAUUACAAAGACUCAACAACAUAAUGCAGCUCAAUUCUUGGGGGUUCAACCUGGUAUGGAACAUUUAGUUCAAUUUAGUGAUCGUGAAUUCAUUUCAAAUACCCUUUUACAACAAUCUGCUGCUGCUGCUGCCAUUGCUACAUCUGCUGGUGGUCCAAACAAUUUAGGUAAUAGAACCGUUUAUUUAGGUAAUUUGCCUGUGGAUGUGAAAAUAGAUGAAAUUUGUAAUGCAGUUCGUGGUGGUCUUUUGCAACAUAUUAAGUUAUUAACUGAUCGUCAUGUCUGUUUUGUAACAUUUAUUGACCCUACAGCUGCUGCUCAAUUUUAUGCUAUGAGUUCAUUACAUGGAUUAUCUAUUCAGAAGAAACGUUGUAAAGUUGGCUGGGGUAAGCAUUCUGGUCCAUUACCAAACUUGAUUGCCCUAGCGGUUAGUAACGGUGCUUCAAGAAAUGUUUACUUGGGUAACAUUGAUUUUGAAAAUGAUAUUAAAUUACACAAUCCACCAAUUUUUACAGAAUUAAGUUUAAGAAAUAUUUUCCAACAAUAUGGUGAUGUAGAACAAAUUAAUUUCUUACCAGAAAAAAAUUGUUGCUUCAUUAAUUUUACAAAUAUUAGCAAUGCCAUUCUAGCAAUUGAAAAGAUUAAAAACAAUCCUGACUUUAAAGAUUUAAAGAUCAAUUUUGGGAAGGAUAGAUGUGGCAACAUUCCUCACCAAGUUCGUUAG